AUGAGCGAUACGGCGGCAAGAAACGACGAUGAAACGUCGCGCCGCAGGAAAUAUGACGAUGGGGGCGACGAGGUCGGUGACGAGCGGAGGAAGCGAUAUCGGGACGACGGUUCUGGGAGACGCAGCAAUCGGUCGCGGUCGCGGUCGCGGGACCGAGGGCAACGACGACGACGCUCCAGAACACCGGAUUCGAGAGAUCGGCGGUCUCGAUCGCGAGAGCGGGAAAGGAGGAGGGACCGGGCACGGGACAGAGAGAAGGGGGGAGAUCGUGAUCGGGACCGCGACCGUGACCGAAACCGCGAACGACGGCAUCGUGAAGACGACUCCGAGAGAAAGGAACGCCGGAGCCGUCGAAGCCCGGAUAGCAGACGCCCACAGCUAGAAUCAGGCCGCAACGCUGAGCGACCUCCUCGAUCUGAACCUGGGCAGAGCCUCAUCAAACGAUCUGGCCCACUCCCGUCCCAGGACGACUCCUUUGCCAUUAGCAAAGGCGAGGAACCCGAGAAGCCGAUAGAGAAACCCAACUUUGGAAACUCCGGGUUGCUCGCGGCGGCCUCCAACUCGGUUACGCAAGCCGACGGGACAACCAUCACACUUAAAUACCACGAGCCGCCAGAAGCCAGGAAACCGCCGCCACGCGACGCAUGGAAACUGUUUGUGUUCAAAGACCAGGACAUCGUGGACACGAUUGAGCUAGGCACGCGGAGCUGCUGGCUCGUUGGCAGAGAAUUCUCGAUCGUGGAUCUUCCAGCAGAACACCCGAGCAUCAGCAAGCAGCACGCGGUCAUACAGUUCCGAUAUACGGAGAAGCGAAACGAGUUUGGCGACAAGAUCGGGCGGGUGAAGCCGUACUUGAUCGAUCUGGAGAGCGCGAAUGGCACGAUGCUCAACGGCGACAAGGUACCGAAUAGUCGGUAUUUGGAGCUGCGAAACAAGGAUAUGGUCCAGUUUGGCUCCAGCACGCGGGAGUAUGUCCUCAUGUUACCUCCUAAGGAAUGA